CUCCAUUGUGAGCCGGGAGCCCGGGCUGAGCCGCUGCUGCGCCCCAGCGGGGUGUGUGCGGGGAGAGCCCUUCCCUAGCGCCCCUCUGUGCCCAGCCGGGGGGACUCUCUGCGGGGGCUGGAACCAGCCCCGGGCUCUGCCGACACCAGCCCCUGAGCCGGAGCCUGCAGGUCAUCCAAUCCAUGGAAAGACAGGGAAGGGAAAUGGCUGCAGUGGAGCCAGUGACCUUUGAGGAGGUGGCUGUGUAUUUCUCCGAGGAGGAAUGGGCUCUGCUGGGCCCGGGUCAGAGAGCCCUCUACAGGGAUGUGAUGCAGGAGAAUUAUGAGACUGUGACUUCUCUGGGAUUUCCAGUUUCCAAACCCAGUGUGACCUCCUGGCUGGAACGAGAGGAAAAACUGUGGGUCCCCAGUCUCCAGGAAUGGGAGAUCCUGAGAGAUGCCUACACAGCAGGUGAUAGGAUGGUGAGUGAGAACAAGGAGGAGAAUCAGGAACAUCCUGAGCAAUUGGAACCACACAGGACAUCAGGAAGAUCGGCUUCCCAGAUUCCUGAACAUGGAGAUGCUGCCCCUCUGGCCUGCACUGACUUUUGCAUGCAAGAAAACCAGCUGGGGCAGAGACAGUGUCAGAAAUCCUCUGACCAGAAAAUAUGGGUCAAGAAAAACAAAGACAUGGUUCAACAGAGAAUCCCCACUGGUAAGACACCUUAUACAUGCGGUGACUGUAGGAAAAGUUUCCGGUGCAGAUCGCAACUUACUAGACACCAGAGAACCCAUACAGGAGAGAGGCCCUACACGUGCCUGGACUGUGGGAAAAGAUUCAAACAGAGCUCAGCCCUAAUUACACAUCGUACAGUCCAUGAACAAAAGAAGACCUAUAACUGCCUUGACUGUGGGAAGAGCUUCAGUCGGAGCUCAACCCUUAUUCAGCAUCAAAGAAUCCACACAGGAGAGAAACCUUAUGAAUGCAGUGAGUGUGGGAAAAGCUUCCGUGUGAGCUCAAAUCUUCUAUCACAUCAGAGAACCCACACAGGGGAGAAACCUUAUGAAUGUCCUACUUGCGGGAAAAGCUUCAUUCAGAGCUCAAACCUUCUAUCACAUCAGAGAACCCAUACAGGAGAGAGACCCUACCAAUGCAAUGAGUGUGGGAAAAGCUUCAGUCAAAGUUCGUCCCUUAUUAAGCAUCAGAGAAUUCACACAGGAGAGAAACCCUAUAGCUGCCCGGACUGUGGGAAAAGCUUCAGUUACAGUGUAGAACUCAAUGAUCAUCAGAGAACCCAUACAGGGGAGAGACCCUACAAAUGCAAUGAGUGUGGGAAAUGCUUUAGUUGCCUCUCGCACCUUCGAUCACAUCAUACAACCCACACAGGAGAGAAGCCGUAUAACUGUCCUGAAUGUGGGAAAAGCUUCACUCGCAGAUCAACCCUUACUACUCACCAGAGGAUCCACACAGGGGAGAAACCCUUUAAGUGCUCCGAAUGUGGAAAAAGCUUCCGUGCAAGCUCAGCCCUUUCUGAACAUCAAAGAAUCCACAGUGGAGAGAGACCCUACAAGUGUCUUCACUGUGGGAAAAGUUUCUAUAACAACUCAGCCCUUUCUAAUCACCAGAGAUCCCACACAGGUGAGAGACCUUACACAUGCAAUGAGUGUGGGAAAAGCUUUAGAAGCAGCUCACACCUUCUGUCACAUAAGAGACUUCACAGUGGUGAGAAACCCUAUAAGUGCACUGACUGUGGGAAAGACUUCCGGCACAGCUCAAACCUCAGUACUCAUAAGAGAAUCCACAUAGGACAGACACCCUAGAAAUGUCCUGGCUAGGACUGGGCCAAGUGAAGGUCACCUUUUCCAAUUCCCAUGAAUCUUAGUCAGGCCAGGCUGGAGUGGCCAUGUGACUAGGACAUGAAAUGUUUAUUAAAGCAGAAAAUGAAAUCAUCUUCCUGGGACAGAGCCAUACAGAGCAAGAGGCUGAGACAAGAUUCGCACAUUGUGACAGCAUUUGAUUAUGACUUCUCAAGAAACUGUGAACAUCCUCCUUCAUCUCCCAGUUUUACUUUUGAUGUUAUCACAGGGGUAGUCCAUUAUUUUUGUCAAGGCCCAAAUUUCUUGGUCAAGGUAUA